UUUAUCGUAAGAGUUAACUGGUGCCAGUAAGAGUUAAGUCAGCAGGGGGUGUUUCAGUUUGUCAGAAGCUUAUUUACUUCCUCGAAGGGUACUUUCUUUCACUUUUGGUGCGUCUCAAACUACAGCAAGAAACAUUAUUUACAUUAAGCAUGGCCCUGCCCUACAGCACUGGCAACAUCAAGAAAGCGGAGGAAACCGCUCAGUUGCUCAGUGAGGCUAUUAACACUGGAGAAAAAGCCAAUGCCAUCCGAUAUGUUGAGCAGCUCCUUAUGCUGAAAGUACCUGUUUGUGUCCAGCUUACUCAAGAGGCUUAUUCCCAAGAAUGCAUCAGGUUGAGAGUUGGUGUUGAGGAUGCUCUAUCUGAUGCCCUCAUUACAAUGCUGGUGACUCCUGGCAUGACAAUCUCUGAACUAAAACAGAAGACUUGCCGAGACUAUGGUUUUCACCCAUCACUUCAGUGCUGGAUCAUAGGGAAACGUUUUGCUAAGGACGAAGACACUCUGUUCAGCCACAAUGUGGUUAAUGAUGAUGAUCAGGCAUUUCUCUUCAUCAGGUCGGCCCAAUCUGCCAAUCUCAGCCGUGAACAGCAGAAACAAGACGAGCAGGACAGGAGGAUAGGCGGUAUAAUUGAAAACAUUGAGGUGCUCAGUAGAGGUCCGGCAGAGACGGGAACGCGACAAAAACAACCUCAAGUAUCACCUGUAGGAAAACCUUACCCAAAGCUUCGUCCUAAACCAGUGUUAGGAUGGUCGUGUUUGAAAUGCACGUAUGUCAACAAACCCACACGGCCCGGUUGCGCAAUCUGCAGCGCUUCGAGACCAGAAAAUUAUACAAUACCAGAUAUGUAUCAACCAGAUGAAGAGGAAAUACACAGGAUUCGACAAGAAGAGCUGGCCAGUCUACAGUACCAACAGUCCAUCAUAGAGGAGCGAGAGAAAAACUUCCUCACUCUGCUGGAGACGGACAAUCAGGACCUGGUUAGUAACACAGAGGAGAUUUGCUGCCCCAUUUGCUGCGAGCAGAUCUUAGCAGGAGAGGGAGCCACUCUCCGAGAAUGCCUUCACAGCUUCUGCAGGGAAUGUGUGAAGAUGACCAUUCAGGCUUGUAUAGAUGCUGAGGUGGCGUGUCCAUAUGCAGAUGGGGAGUACUCCUGUGACUGCAAACUUCAGGACCGAGAGAUUAAAACACUCCUUUCACUUGAGGAUUACCAGAAGUUUUUGGAGUUGAGACUGAACAUUGCAGAGACACGCUCUGAGAACAGUUACCACUGUAAAACCCUGGACUGCCCCGGCUGGUGCAUAUUUGAAGACGAUGUCAAUGAGUUUGACUGCAUCAUUUGCAACAAGAUCAACUGUCUCCUCUGCAAGGCCAUUCACAUAAACAUGAACUGUAAAGAGUACCAAGACGACCUUCAGCUCAGAGCAGAGAAUGAUGCAGCAGCCAAACGAACCACAGAGGAGCUACAGAGGAUGUUGCAGAAUGGUGAAGCCAUGUGCUGUCCAAAAUGCAAUGUCAUCAUCCAGAAGAAAGAUGGUUGUGACUGGAUCUGCUGCCUCAUGUGUAAGACAGAGAUCUGUUGGGUGACCAAACAGGCCAGAUGGGGUCCAAAGGGUCAUGGAGACACAUCAGGUGGAUGCAAAUGUCAGAUCACCGUCGCCCCGUGUCACCCAAAAUGUCAAAACUGUCACUAAUCCCUGUGAGAUCACAUCGAUUUUUUUCUUCGAACACUGAAACGAACAGACUGUAAUUACUGAUCCGUAAGCACAACGAGUUUAAUCAGUGGAAUUAUGAAAUAUUUUGAUAUGUGAUCGCAAUCUUACGAACCUCUAUAUGAACUGUUUACAGGACAAAAGAUGGGUAUUAAAAGAUGUGGGUAAAUUA